UGAGCUCAGUUUGUGACGAGCAGUUGGACAAGUAGUUGGAUGGACGUUUCAAUCUAAAUGAAAAUUAAUAUCAAAUAAAAAAAAUUAAAUUAAUUUUGUUUAGAAAAUUUUCUGAUAAAAUAAGUGAUUUUCCAUAUUUUUAUUAAUGAAUUGUUUUGGUGCAAAAGUGAAGUAAUCGAAAGUCUAUUAAAUAGAAGGAAAAAAUGACUGAAAAUCUCAUUCGACGAGGUGGAUGUCGACUGUGUUUAGCACCAGACUCUGAAUGUGUACCAAUUUUUGCGACCGCUGCAGCCGACAAAGAGCCCCUUUCAUCAAAAAUUCAGGCUUGUGUCAAUAUCAAAAUCCAUCAAGGUGACCGUUUAUCGGCGCGCGUAUGUCACGCCUGUAUCAGCUACUUAAAUUCAUGGCAAAGUUUCAAAAAUCGCUGCUAUGCAGCCCAAAAGAAGCAACGCGGCAUGUUGGAUUUAUUUUUAGCGAAAGAACGAGCUAGACUUAAAAAUGCCUCCCAACAACAAACCCAACCGCAGACACCAUCUGUGGUGGCCGCAAAUGCACAACGACAAAUGGAACAGUAUCGGCAACAGCUGGAACAGCAAAGAAUAUUAAAAGAUGCACUCAGUCAGCCGAGUGGCAGCAGUGCUUACAAAAAUGCCCAAAGUAACGCAUCAGUGGAUGUGAGUUUUAUAAAAUCAGAGCCUGCCGACGAUAUACCUAAUGAGGCGGAAGUGGAAGACGACGAAGAAAUGGAUCCAUCGCAAUUUUUGGCUAGAGAGAAUGAUGAAGAAGAACCAGCUACUGAAGAAGAAGGCGGUGGACCACCGAUUCUAACAUCAUUGGGCCUAACCCAUAUCAAUCAUGUGAAUCCGUAUAGCUUUCUGAGUACCGAACUGGGCAACGAAUACCAAUCGGAGACCGACAAUUCAGUCAACAUGUUCUCACCAACGUUCCGUCGAACUCCCGGCUCGCAGCCAUCAUGUACAGUAUGCAACAUGAAAUUCUCCAACCGUGCGAACGCACGUCGUCACGAACGGAACAUACAUGGCAUCAAAUCGGAAUCACUGAUGGGGCACACUUCCACACCGCAAUCGGUCACGAUGCCGAUGCAUCAUCCGGUGAUGCGACCUAUAAUACGACCAAUAAUGCGACCAAUGCAGAAAAAGAAGAAAAUCAUCCCACCAAUUGUGUACGACUACACCAAACCGGAAUUGUACCGUGAACUGUUGACGGAAUCGAAAUUGUAUUUUAUCAAGAGGCACAUUGACUUCUUGGAACAAUAUCAGAAUAUGAGGUGUACAUGCUGCGAUCGCGAAUUUCAAACCUACAAAAUGUUUAUGGUGCAUAUGCGGAAGCGUUACGACACCCUGUCCAGAAAUCUAUGCUUUAAAUGUCUUAAGCAAUUCCAGUCGAAAGCCUUAUUUGUGGCUCAUUUGAAGAAAAAGAAUUGCCUGAAUUUGUACAAGGUGUACCUUGCCGAUGAUACCGUUUCCAAAGAACCAUUGCCGCCAAUACAGGCACGUGUUGGCACCAAAGAAAUUAUAGCAAAUAAAGUGUACGGCUGCAAGCUAUGUUCGAAAACGUUCCGAUUGAAGAUGGAUUUCCGUGGUCACGUUUACGAAGCGCACGGUGAUGUACAAAAGAAAGAAACGAUGGGACCCGAGUGCGGCUUCUGUAAAAAUGUGUUCGACGAUCCGAGCGUUCGGCGGCGACAUUACAACAACAUGGAGUGUAUAGUGUUUCUAAUUUGUGGUACUUGUGACGAGAAAUUCGAUAACUUAGCCACGUACAUAGAGCACGUAUAUGCAGAACACCUGAAACCAAAUCCAGACGGUUCAGUGCCGCCAAUACCGCCCGAUUCGAUGACCAGUCCAGAAGCAUCAUUGAGUUUAAACAGUUCCAACGAUCAAGAUCCCACAUCACCGUCCGUACAAUAUGCUAGUCUGAAGUAUCCACAAAAUUGCAAGGUGUGUGGCAAGCAGUACAAUAACUAUUACAACGUGCUGAGGCACAUGGAAUCGAAGCAUCCGUAUCAAUUGCCAGACACAUAUCGGUGCGAACCCUGCGAUAUUGGCUAUCCCCGUCAAACUGAGCUUCGCGAGCAUAUGUAUAAAAUUCACGGUGUCACGAUGCCGAAGAUUAAAAGAGAAACGUUCACCUGCCGUAUGUGCUUGAUGACAUUUGACAACAAAGAAGUGUGGAUCGAACAUCAAGCCGUCAAUCAUUCGACGUUCUAUUGUACGCAUUGCGACAUGGAAACGGAAAGUAAAGAGGAGCUUGAAGCGCAUCUUGACAUGCACACCAAACAGAAAAUGUUCACCUGCACAGUCUGCUAUCACUCUUUCCACACGGAAAGAGGUCUUGAAACGCACUUGGCGGUCAUGCAUCAAAUGAAAAAGGAAGAUAUGCCGGAAGCGAAUGGCAGCUACGUGGAGGAAGGAAUGGAUAUCGACGGAGAAUUUAAUAUGAACGAUGAUGAUGACGACGACGACGACGAAGGAGCAUUAGAAAUUUCUGCCGAUGUACACGUCAAUGGCGAGACUGGUGGCGAUUUUGAGAAUGGAACGUUCGACGAAGACGAAGAUGAUGAAGGAGCCACUGCUGACAAUGAUGACACCACCGAAAAUGCGUCGAAACGGUUGAAAUUGAAAGAAGAAGUCGUGGAAGAAGAGACCGUAGGUCUAAUUUCAUGCCCAUUGUGCCCCGAAAGGUUUCUCGGAAAGAUUGAACUUUCAAAUCACAUGCGUACCCAUGGAGCUGCGGUACCAGCUUCGUUCUAUAAUAAUCCGAUGAAAGUGAACCCCAUAAAACGUACCGGCCAUGUAAGCAAUCGCAUGAGAUGCCGUAUCUGCCAGAAGAGAAUUCACACCAAAAUCGGCUACAAACGACACAUGUUGGUGGUGCAUCAAGUUCGCGACUGUGUGUUCAUCAAAUGUAAAAUUUGUCCAGCCGAAUUUAGCAACGACAAAGGUCUGAAAGUACACAUGUUCCGCACUCAUAAGGUAACCGUGCAACAAAUGCAGAAUGAUCCGUCGCUACGAUCGACGCCAAAUAAAGAAUCGACAGCUGGUUCCAUUUUACCAAAGAUUUUGCCGAAAAUUGCGCCAAAGUUGAUGUUCGAAUGCGACAUUUGUCACACUGUGUACCGAAACCAUGAACAACUUACAUCGCAUCGAAGUGUUGUGCAUGGAGCUGCUACGCCACCAGCAGCUGCUCCCAGUGCUGGUAACAACACAAAUGAAAACCUGGACGCCGAAGAUAUUCAAGAACCGACAUUGCCUGUACCGGAAGCGUGGUGGCAAUGUCGAUACUGUGACGAAACGUUUAAUGCAAGUAAGAAGCUCACCAUACAUAUGAACAGCCACGAAGAGCACGACAAUACGGACAAUACCUGCAAAGACUGUGGCAACGUCUAUGGAACACGAAAAUCCCUCUGGGUACACCGACACAAGAAACAUCCACGCAUACCCAACCCAUCCACAUGUGAGCUAUGCUCGAAAGUAUUCUUCGAUAAAACCGAACUAUAUUACCACUUAAAGACCCACUCCAACGACGAUGUUUAUUCGGGUCUGCAAGAAAUGCAUCAAGACCUGGAGAAUGAUCCGGCCGUAAAACUGGAAAAGGUUCAGCCAUCAACGAAUUAUGGAGAUGAAGAUUUGAAUUGCCAUAUCUGCGGACAAACUUUCCACGAUAAGCGAGUUCUGAGCAAGCAUUUGCGAUUGCACGAAUCGGACAACAAUCCGCUGCAUUCAAUGCUCGAUGUGGACGAAGAAAACGGAUCCGACUACAGUUAUCCCUCGUACCAGGGUCAAAUGGUCGAUGGUCAAUUUGCUUGCGACAUGUGCCCAAAAACGUUCCCGCUAAUCAAUGCGUUAAAAGUGCAUCGUGGUUGGCAUUUCCGCAGUCCUGAUGGUCGACAAGUGACAGAUCCAAGUAACAUUUGGCAGCCCGAUGUACCUCAAAGUAAAUUUAAACGAACCAAAGCAGCUAAUCCACCAACAUGUCCGUACUGUAGUUCAACAUUUGCCAGUGGAAACAAUUUACGCCGUCACAUAGUUGAGGUGCAUAAACGUAACGAGGCUAAAAUGAUGCGUGAAAAUGGAACCGUUAGCGAAACAGUGUUUGUCGAAAAAGAAUUAGAAUGCCAGUCAUGUUCAAUAACGUUCAGUAAUCGACCGGAAUGGGUUGACCAUAAGAUCAGUCAUGCUAGGACGAUGAAACCAUCCACAACAUUCGAAUGGGGAUGUGAAAUUUGCGGUAAAGUGUUUACACGGAAAGAACGUCUCUUGGCACACAUGGUCACUCAUCUGAGUGGCAAAGAGGGCGAUGGAAGCGUUCAUUCAGCUGAUCAAAGUGAAAUUGGUGGCGAAAAUUCACGCAGUUCCAUGUCAUCGCAAUCUCAUUCCCAGCAAUCACAAGAAUCGUCAUCGCUUCAUCAACGAAUGCAACAGGUACAACAUCAACAGCUACUCAAACAACAACAUCCUUUAGCCACACAUUCUCAAAAUAUUAAGCCUGAAGAAGUGAGUGAAGACGAUGAAGAGGAACAAGAGCAGGAGGACGAAAUUGACGAAGAAGAAGAAGUGGAGGAAGAACAAGUACCAGAAGCACCUGCCGAAGCUGCGGCCUAUUCGUGCGAUCUGUGUCAAGUAUUUUUCCGCACAGCCAAAGAGCUACGGCGUCACGUCACAACUCACAUCAUAAAUGGACCGGAAACAUCACAGUCAGCCGAUUCCGAUCGUAACCAACAAAAUACUACCCAACUGGACGGCUUCAAGUGUCGUCUGUGUGGAUCGAGUAGCGAAUCCCAUAUGGGAAUGAUUACGUGCAUGGAAUCGCACAAAACACCGACGAACCUUCGUUGUGGCCAAUGUCAAUUAUAUUUCAAUACUGAACAGCAAGUGUUAGACCACGAAACACUGUGCCAUCCACAGAGCUUUGAAUGAAGGAACAUAUUCCCUGAUCUCGAUGAGACCGAUUUCUAUUAACACACAGGGACGCAUAAUAUGAGGGCCAGAGAUCCCGAUUUGUACACACAACACACACCCACAUAUUGUUAGUAACACAAAAAAAAACUAAAAAAAGAAAAUGAAGAGAAUGUGUUAGAUUGUAGGUUUUCAUCACUCAAUUUAGUAGUACUGGACUUUCUAAAAAGACCCUCAGAAGGAAAUUCGAAAUAUUGAUUUGGUCGAUAAGUUAUUCGAUUUGAUUUUCGUUUCUUUUCUGUUGUCCGAUUUACAUUGUUUAGUUGUAUCAGCAAAGAACUUUUGCUUUUUUUCUAUUAUAAGGUUGUCUUAAUCAUUAGAUUCUUUAAAUGUUAUUCAUUUAUGUAAUAACUGAUUAAUGAUGUGACACUCGAUUUUUCAUUUAUUUCAUUAAAUAUUUCGUAACAA